AUGGGCCUAUCAGUCGUGUUCCGUAGACUGCCGACAGCCUCAUCAGCUAGACAAUUAUUCUAUGGCGUCCUGAUAGGAAUUGCACUGUCUUUGACGGCAAUGUCUGUGAAUGAUUACUUCGAAGAACGUAAACGCAAACGAGCCCCACUGGUCUUCGAGCCUCGUCCCAUUGAGCUGCGAAGCGAUGAGGUCGUCGACGGCGUGGCUGGUCUGAUUGGCAAUACCCCGCUGGUCCGUAUCAAAUCGCUCAGUACUGCUUUGGGCGUCGAGAUCUUAGGAAAAGCGGAGUUCAUGAAUCCUGGUGGCAGCGUGAAGGAUCGUGUUGCACUCCGAAUGAUCACCGAUGCGGAGCAGCGUGGUCUCCUGCAUCCUCAUACCGGCUCUCGCAUAUUCGAGGGCACGGUCGGCUCCACCGCGAUCAUCAUGCCGGACGACGUCGCAGAAGAGAAGGUGAAAGCGCUCUUCGCCUUGGGCGCACACGUUGAGCGCGUCCGUCCGGCGAGCAUCGUUGACAAGAAACAGAACCUAGCUCGGGAGCGAGCGAAACAUUUCGGCAACGAGGAAGCCGAGAACCCUGCAAAAGCCAUCCCGACGCAUCAUGGCCAUCUCAUCACAACGUUCUCCUCGUCCGUCAUCGUCACAACGACAGCAGAUGAUGCGCUUGCCGAUGGUGCGCUCAUGAGUCCGGGAGAAGAAAGGGAGUUUGAGCUGAUGCCCAGAGGGUUCUUCGCCGAUCAGUUCGAGAACCGGAGCAACUACUACGCACACUUGGAUGGCACGGGACCCGAGAUCUGGCGCCAAACGAGCGGAUUGGUCGACGCAUUCGUGGCGGGUGCGGGUACUGGCGGAACUCUCGCCGGAAUAGGACAAUAUCUGAAGAACAAGAAGGAAAACAUCAUCGUCGCCCUUGCCGACCCUGAAGGCAGCGGUCUUUUUAACAAGGUCAAGUACGGAGUGAUGUUCGACCGCAAAGAAGCCGAGGGCACGAAACGGAGACAUCAAGUCGACACCGUCGUCGAGGGCAUCGGCAUUAACCGACUCACGCAUAAUUUCGAACUCGCUCUUCCGAUCGUAGACGACGCGUUCCGAGUGACGGAUGAAGAGGCCGUAGCGAUGUCGCGCUAUCUCGUGCACCACGACGGCCUGUUCUUGGGCUCGAGCAGCGCGUGCAAUCUCAUUGCUUGCAUCAGGCUUGUCAAAAAACUCGGGUGGAACAAUGACGAGAGAGUUGUCACUAUCUUGUGCGACUCUGGUAGCAGACAUUAUUCCAAGUUCUGGAACGAUGACUAUCUUGCAAAAGCCAACAUCCCAGUCGACAUGCACCUUGUCGACAGAAUCCUCGCCGGAGAUGCAUAA